UGCCCUAGCAUUUGUCCUAUGCCCUAAUGCUCUCCAUGGAAUCGCAGGGCAAGGAGAAUGACAAUGUCGUGGUCGAUGUGCUGUUCUUCGCGAGGGCGCGCGAGAUCGCGGGUGUGUCGCAGAUGAAACUGGAGCUACGCGCGAGCUCCACCACGCGCGACUGUGUGGAAGAAUUGCUAUCGCGAUUCCCGGGAUUGGAGGAGAUCAAGGGCGUUCUCAUUGUAGCGCUCAAUCACGAGUACGUUUGCGAGCCAUCGCAGCUCAAGCACGGCGAUGAAGUAGCCCUCAUCCCGCCAGUGAGCGGAGGAUAGUGACGAAGGCAUAUUCCUGGCGAAUGUACUCUGUGUACGGACGGAAUAAAAUGGGAUGUACGGGCGUGGCCCUAAAAGCGCCCUAUACCCGACGGUCCAGAUCGGUGGCUGACUCACCUUGA